AUGUUCUUAGAACAAUUUGCUAGCACACAAGUGACGCAACUUAAAAUCGACAAUAAUCCUUUUGCUAAAGGUUUUCGUGAUGCCGGUGCUGGUAAACGUGAGAAAAAACGGUUAAUGAAUAAAACUGAAUGUAGCAUUACUGCUAGUGGAAUUUUAAAACCGAUUUUAUCUUUGAAUGAUGAUGUAAUAACAUCAGAAUCACCAGCUAUACGAGCUAGUAGCUCAAUGGAUUCAGAUCAGUCAGACGAAGAUGAUUCUUCACCUGUACCUAAACGAGCUCGAAGUAAUCAUAGUUCUACAGAUGAUUUAUCUCAAAAUCAAAAUUAUCCUUUGAUGAGGAAUCAUCACAUACAACAAUUACAAUUUCUACAAAAUCAUCGUUCAAUUUCUAAAGAAAAUGCAAAUUUUCAUAUGUUUCAUCCAACUGGUGGUGGUAGUGGUGCAGGUGCAGGUGCUAGUGCAAGUGCAGGUACAAGUGCGGGUCCACCAGCACCAUCUUUUGCACCAUUUUUUCAAGGUUAUAGUUUUCAUCCUGUUUCUACAGCUACUGAAUUCUUUUUUCCUACUCAUGCAACUUCAAUUCCACGUGAUUUUUUUAUACAUCACGCUGCAGCUGCAGCUGCUGCAGCACAAUUUUCACCUUAUUUCUUGCGGCCAUCAUUAACGGUUCCAACGCUUUCCAUUACAACGUCUACGAAUUCAACUACAAGCCAGUCUACGGUAGUUUCUACAAAUGCCAUCUUAUCAAACUCUAACGUAUCCUCAAGUAUUAAUGGAACACAGCAACAAAUAUUACCACAAUCUUCAACAGGAAAGCAAACAACAGCAAUUCCAAAAAAGGGAGGAUUCGAUGUAUCUGAUCUCCUUGCUUAA